GAAAGUAAACAAAGGACCGUCGUAAUAGUCCAGUUAGUUCCAUAAAGUGCUGCUAGAGCGCUCGUAACAAGGGGCGGAGCGAUCGCAUAAACCGAAUUAACAUUUUUAAAAGAAUGGCCCGUGUAGGAGCGGUGGAUAAAUCUUUAUAUUCAAGCAUAGUUCGCUUCUCCUUAUAUCUUUAAUAACAUAUAUAUGUAUAUAUAUAUAUUUAUAUAUAUAUGUAUGUGUGUAGUAUACAUGGUAUUUAUAUAUAUAUAUAUAUAUAUAUAUUUCUCAAUCACUCACUCGGUCCUCAUAAUACGCUGCCAUCUAAGAUCAAGUCGGUUUUUUCUCUUUGCAUAAUACUCGUAUUCGGUUCUUCGACGACAGUGAUAUUAAACCUUUCCAUCGAACGUGAUAGAACGCGUCGCGUUUGCUUUCAUUGCAUUUUGAAUGCAAUGAAUAGGAUAAAGUCUCGUACGCGAAAUGAUAUACCGAUCAUUUUUGACAAUUACAAAUUGAAAAAGUGGCUUUUUCGUGCUGGUCCUUGCCGGCAGGAGUUGCUUCGAAAGAUAUACCAAAUACGUAAUAUGGAUUCAAAGAAUAAGAAAGGUUAUCGAAAAGCAACUCACGACUACGCAAAGGCUUUAACACUUCGGGGAGAAAGACGAAAGUUGAAACACGAUCUGGAAAAGCUUAAUCUCUCAAAAAGCGGAUUACGACGAGCUCUGUUACAAUUGACCACCGAAUCGUACGUCGUUGUCGAUCGAUUGUCAAAGGAAAUAAUAAGCAGUAUCAAUGACAAGGACAGGGCACAGGGUUUUGCGAGGCGCACCGAAGAAUUUAUACCAUUUUUCCUCGACGAUGAAUACAAUCAAAAGGAUAAUAGGAAUAAGAAAGAUUUAAAUAAUUCCGAAGAUAUAAGAAAAAGUUCAAAAUGUUCUGACGAACGAUACGACGAGGAGUUGGACGCAGAUAAUACGUCGCAGAUAAUUUCAAUGUUGCGUUGCACAAAACCUCGCGUCAAUCAAAUUAAGAUAGACGGGUUUAAAUUUAAACAUAAAUUUGAUCAUGAAGAAAUAUCGAAGGGUAGAUCGAUCGAUAAAAAAGUAUCGACGCAAAAUAAUAGAAACGGAAUAAUACCCAAUAAUAACGAUACAGAUGUGAUAAAGGUGCCUAUUCAAAUAAAUAGAGAAAGAUUAAGAAGGCCCAUUUUAGGUGCGUCUAAUGAACUGCGCGAGAAAGAAUUUACCGAUGAUAAAGGUUGUUGUUUUUCUACGCGUAAAACCAUGGAAGCGGACUCCGAUCUUUCAAAUGACAAAAUAAAUGAUACAUUAAAGGUACAUGACAACGACAUAGAUAUAAACGAAUUGAAAACAGUUCGCCAGUGUGAACUGCGUGAAACCGUAAUUAUUGACAAAAUUCAAAAGAAUUGCAACAUAUCUGAUAUUUUUAAUCGAACCUAUUCAAGUGUAGAUAUGAGAAAACGAAAAAAGAUUCGGGAUAAAUUUCACGAGAUCUUUGAUCAGUGCCUUACGUUAAGCGAGGAGGAGGAAGAAGAAUUUAUAAUAAAUGCUUGUAUACGUACGAGACAAAGAAAGAAGUACAAAAAAUUGUCGAAUGUUGAUAAAAAUAUCGAAUAUCCUGUAGUUUUAGAUAAGGCAAACAGACAAGAUAUAACAUCUGAUUUAAUAGUGGAUACAGCCUGUAGAAAGACUUGUGAGAUUUCAAGUAUAGAAUUGGUAGAAACUUUAUUAAAUACUAGAAAUGUUAGAGAAUUCGAUGAGGAUCAAACUGUCUGUGAUAAAGAUGUAUUUACUAUGGAAAUCGAACUUUGCGGGGACGAUAGCGUUGAAAAAGAUAAUAUUAUAAAGUUUCCUUUGCUUUGCGAUAAUAAUAAUUGCGAUAAUAAUGAGGAAAUAGAAAUGAAUCUUUCUAAUGAAUUACCGACUAAAACUUCUAAUGUCUCUGUAAUAGAUGACAUUGCUGAAGUAACUCAGGCGGAAGAAGCGCACAAUGAGAUCGUUGAAUCAACAGAAUCGAUUAAGGUGGAAACAAACGAAUCAUCUGAUUUUAGCAUUUACAAUCGAAACUUUAAUGAUACAAAUGUUGAAGUAUUAACUAAUAACGCUAUUAAAAUAAGAACAUUGUGCGAAAGGACUAAUAAUACUAGUAGUAGCAGUAGUAGCAAUAAUAAUAAUAAUAAUGAUAAUGAUAAUGAUAAUGAUAAUGAUAAUGAUAAUGAUAAUGAUAAUGAUAAUAAUAAUGAUAAUAAUAAUAAUAAUAAUGGCGACGACGACGACGACGACGACAAAAUCACCUGCCAUGUAUCAAGAAAUAGUUAUAGCAAGGAAGUGCAAUUAGAUAGAGAUUCUGAUGACGCCAGUAUUAAAACUACAGUUACAAGUGCAGCUGUUAAUUCGGAUGUCCCUGUAGAGAAAAUAUUAGAAAAGUCUAGAGAUAGAGAAAAUCUGUCAAAGACUUCAAAAGCUGACACAUCCUUUGAAACGCCAAAGAAAAUAGACGAUGCAAUGAUAGCGAAUAUUAAUUUUACAGAAUCCUCCGCAAGAAAUAUUAAUGAUAACAAUGCGGAUAUAGAAGUUGAGAUAAAACCCACGUAUAUCGAAACUUGUGAAAAUACCCAAAGUAAUCCUAAGGUAUAUGAUAAGGAAAACAUGAUAAAUGAUGAUAAUUUAAAAUCGUCUAAACAAGACAUUAACGAAGAUUUAGGUCAACUUUUACGAAUGAAUAUAGAUCAAAAUUAUAGAAUAGAAUCGAUUGGUAAUACCAUUAGCAUUCAGGAAAAUGUUGAAUCAUAUAGAAAUCAGACUAUAAUAGUAAAGGACAUUUGCAAAAAUCAAUUGAGCUCUAAUAAUGAUUCAACAAACAACAAUGGUGAAAUAGAGGUCGUAUUAGAGGAAUCAACGUUUGGUAUUAUCGAAGAAAAUAACGAUACGUCUGUUAUAAAAAGGGACAAUGAAAAGAUUAAUGACUCUUCGUUCAAUACAAUCGAUUUCGAACAGCAUAGUAAGCUCGACGAUUGUCCUUAUAAUUUUAUACAAUCAAAAGGAAUAAAAGGAAACAAAAUAAGGGUUCUUUCUAGCGCAGAAUUAGGCUCUAGAUGGUGUCCUACUCCCGUAGACACGUCUCUAACUGAACCUAUUAACGCAUUGGUUAAUGAAACAACAGUCCCUAGAAAUGUUAAUGAUACGCCAUCUGAGCGUACCACGGAUCGUAAACGAUCGACCAAGGAUGCAAUAAUACUCGACAACAAGUACCCGUCUCUAUCCUAUACAGAAUAUUAUUUAAUGUCCAUUCAUAGACGUAUAAUGCGUAUACGUGCGUUAGAAAAGAAAUUCUCGUCGAAUGAUCGUCGAAAUGUGUCCGCCAAAGUUAAAGAAUUAAUAAAUAAUAAUAUGCGGUUUAAUUCAAAUUUUAUAGUACUACUCGAGGAAUUACUUAAUUUAGGUAAGGAAUUGAAAAUAAAGGAUUUAAAGAAAGUUAUACGAUACGCAGCAUCCGUUAUCAACAAAUCUUUCCUAACGCCCGGAUAUAAACCUAUAUCUUUGCAAGAAAUAGCCAAUUAUAUGACAUUAUUCGAUAAAUCAAUCUCUGAAACAUUUACAUUUACUUCUAAUGCUUCAUCUAAAUCCAAUUUUAGUAAUGCAUCUACAUUUACUUUUGACAAUGGCUUUACAUCUACUUCCAAUGACUUAUCCGCAACUAUUGCACCAGCAAUUUCCAAACAAUUAUCAAACAAUACUAAUAACGUGGCACAGGUAGUUUUAACGGACGUUCAAAAUUUACAUGCCCCGGCGGCGGCAGAGGUUCAAGUAAUUUACAAUGAUUUACCAAAGAAAAAUGUAUACACCUCUAUUGGACCGAAUCAAAAGCAGGAAUGUAUCGUUCCGAAUUUACAAAUAUCGAAAAAGUCUAAUACAUCGAUUUUAUACGGUCCUCCUCCUCCUCCGGCGGCGACCCAAUCGAUGCAUAGUAACGUGCAAUUGUUGAAAGAAAAUCGACAAUUGUAUAAGACGUCCAUGCCGUGUUACGGUCAACAAUCGAUCCAGCAACAAUUUAUACCAAGAAUUACGUUUUAUAAUCCUGCCAAUUCAAAUUCCAUGCAAUCACAUAAUAACAAAUAUAUUACUCGAAGAUUAAAUUUAAAUGAAAAUGUACAAUGUUUUAUAGGGAACAAUGCGAAAUACGCAUCUCAAAUGGCAGGUCAAUCAAAUACCGUAUCGCAUAGAAUCGAUAACCCAAGGGACAUGUCCAAGUUGUCAUAUGCCCGACAGGCGUCGCAACAAAUCAACAUGUCUUAUAAUGUACCGCAAAGAUUUCCAAUUCAAAUGGCGCAGGAUAUUAAAAGCUCACAAAUCUCAUGCUCUAUGACAUUGUCUGCCCAACUCCCAAUGGUACAUUUCAAUAAUUCAGAAAAUUUACUACAAAGAAUAAAUAAAAUUCCAUGCGAAUUGUUAGUUCAAAUAUGGGAUCAAGUAACCUUUUGCCUCGAAGAAAGUUUCUUUGAUUGUAGAGCACACGAGAUAUACGAUAAGGGCACUUGUGUUUUAAAACUAUUUCACGUAGGAUGGAAAGAGAAAAUAUAUAAAUUUAUUCGCUACAAAUCCCGGCAAAGUAGCACCGAAUCUAUAACUAAUCUAAAAAGUAAACUAGCUAAAUAUAUAUAUAAAACGGCAACAAUGGAAGCUCAGAAGAGCAUAUGGCAGGUAUAUCUUCAAAAACAGAAAUCUCAACAAUUAACAGAUACGAUGAAGAUAUUAAUUCAAGAUAUGAUAAGUAAAAAUCAUGUUAAUGUAGAAUCAAAGUGUGGAUCGAAAACCGAAGCGAGCCGAUCUUCUAAAUCGCAAAAAGAAGAACUGGACAAUAUAAUAAAACUCGAAAAACAAUCUGAUUUACGUUCGUUAAAAAAUCUAACGGAAGAUAUUAAUAAAAGUGACGCUAUAUCAAAUAUUUUGCAAAGUACAUUGCCCGUUGACAACAAAUUUGAUAAUGAAUUAGUUUCGAUUAAUGAAAUGAAUCGUAACGAAGGAGACGCGGUAGAACCUUUUACAAGCUUACAAAAUAUAUUAUCGGAAUCGGGUGUUAUAUUGUCCAAUUUAAGAAAUAAGGAUAUUAGAGUUAAAGAGGGGAAUAUUACGGAUAAUACUGAUCCUCGGCGAUUGGAUUCGAGAGAAAGUCCAAUCUCGUCUGACCCGCCGCAUAUAAUAGACGUACGAAGCAUAUCUCCAACUUCAUUUAAUACGAUUAAGGAAGUUCUGCCUUUUCCUAUUAAUGAUUUACAAUUAUCUAAUAUUAACGACGAUACUAAAGAGAAUGGAAUUGAAAUAAAAAUUCAGAUUCCAGAAGAUGUAAUCUGUUUGAAUUGUUCUAAGAUAAGUACAGUUGUCUGCGAAAUUUGUUUAGAAGCUCACUAUUGUUCUAAAGAAUGUGCAGCAUCGCAUUGGAUAGAAAAACAUCAUAAGUAUUGUAAGCCCCAUUGUGUAAUAGGGGCCAUCGAAAGAAAAACUUGUUUAGCCCCGAAUAGUUGAAACUUUGAUCGGUCUUCAUUAUAUGACCUCCUAAUAAUCAUCCA